AUGGUGACAAAAAUGAACGCAAAAUAUCAUCUGGAACGAUGUCUUCGGGAAGAGCACGACUACUCUGUUGGAAAGGCCCACUGUCGUCUGGCUACGCUUUACAAAGAUUAUGAUCCACACCUGAGAGAUGGAGGAGGAAAUUUUGACAGGAAUAUUCCAAAACUAAUCAUCUAUUUCUCUGAAUUAUUCCAGAUCACUGAACUGCAGUUUCAAGUGAAAUGGCGGAGGUCUCAUGAGGCAAUACCAGUUCUGGAACGAUUAGUGAAGAGUCAUUCCACCUCGGAUCAAGCAUGGUCAGUGAUCCAUCAGAUGUUCAUGACGGCUGCGUCUCAGAGCACUUCUGUUGAAAGAGAUGUUUUCAUGGAAUUAUCAACCGACAUCUUGGAAGCCAUACUCUCAGGACUCUCUAAACGGUUCGACUCGAAUGACGCACUGAAAACGCGACUGCUCCUCUUUGCGGUUCAAACGUCAGCCGAGGAGAAGCAUACCAAAAUCAUGGUUCGAGCAAUAACAUAUUUCACUGAUAAAGUGAACAGUGACAAAGAUACGAUUGCACAUGGCAUUGGGAAGUACCAUAUUUAUAUUGGUGACUUUUUCAUAUUUUCAUCAAAUUUCCUCAAAAAUUCCAUUUAUCUUUCGAAUUCCUUAUAA